CUUAAAUAGAUCUAAGCAAACCUAUUAGAGAUAGCACAACCCACUGUCUUCUGCUCCAAGAGAUAAUGGCCAGAAAAUUAUAUCCUAAUAUCCAUUAAGAAAAGAGGAGCCAGCCAUGUGAUGUCAAGCUAUGCAUUAAGUUUCCACUGUAUGCGCUGCCUGUCACUGCCUCAUCAAGGGUUUCAGACAGGAGCCUUUACCAGUCCUAUUACUGAGUUACAGUCCUUUACCAAUGACAGUAUUCACAUUUCAUUCUAUGGUUAAAUCAUAAUGCGGCCUGAAUUUGACUUAGCAUGUUCUGUGAACCUGGCCAACUUUGAUUUAUUGAAGAAACCAUAAUUAAGCAAAGCAUGGCUUAGCUUGAAAUGCAAACCAUUCCGUUUGCAGAUGGGGUAAUGCCAACCUGAAAUAGUAAAGUCGACCCCCGCCUCCCCUGUCUGCAAUGCCAUAGGCUAAGCACAAAUUAUAGGCUACUUUGUACAAAAGUCCGUGGGUUCUGUAUUCAUUCCGCAAGAAAUUCCGUGGGAACAGCGAUUGCGAGUCUGCACAUUUGAGCCGCUUUACAGUCUGGACCCUUGUCUCUUUGCUCCAAAGACAAUCCCGCCGUGCUCCACGGGGAUUCCUCCCCGCCUAUCUGCAUUUAGGACAGUGGACAGGCGAUUUUCAACAACUGCCGCCGCCACCUCCACAUCUCUGCAACCGCGACCAAACUCCGCCGCCGGAGCAUUAAACUCGCGCCGCCGACAAGGGCGAUACGGUACAGAUAGCGCGUCCAGAAGCCGCGGAGACCUUUCCGCCCGCUCCUCCCUCCGGUUCGACAGCCAGCAAGGUCCUCCCUUCUGCGGGCGGAAAAGGAGCCCGAUGCUGCCCCUGCCCGACGCGCUGGUCGCCGGGGCUCUGCGCAAUCGAUUCGAGAUAUCGUAGCGUGGCGGCCGCCGGCGGAUCCGACUUCUCCCCUCUGGAUGACAUCCCUCUCUGGGGAGAGGGAGUAGGUGGAACAGAAUGCAAGAAGUUGACAAAAUUGAAACUUUGAAUCCACAAUGGAUUUGCCAAUCCAGAACUGAUGGCCAAAUUCAGAAUUGUACCAAGCAGAAUGAUUGUGGUGAUUGUAUUGAUGACCUUUUCGAAGAAGCUCAGAAAGCUGGAGCUGUAUGCAUAGAGCAGGCUAAAGUUAAGUCUAAAGCUGAUACAAUUAUUAAAUUAUGGAAAAAUGGAUUUACAGUAAAUGAUGGUGAACUCCGAAGUUACACAGAUGUUGCAAACCAGCGCUUCUUGGAUUCCAUUAAAAAAGGGGAGCUGCCUCUUGAAUUACAGAAGUUUUGUGAUAAAGAAGAGGUGGAUGUAAAGGUGGAUGAUAAGAAGGAUGAGUUAUAUACAUCGCAGAAGCCAGUGUUCCAUCCUUUCUCUGGACCAGGAUAUCGAUUGGGAAGUGCUACACCAAGAAUAAUUUCCAAAGUAAAAAAAAACAUCGAAGAAACUGAAAAGAGAAAACCAACAGUGGUGCUAAAUAAUUCAGAACCUAUCACUAGUAUCCAGAUUUGGUUGGCAGAUGGAGCAAGGAUAGUACAAAACUUCAAUAUUUCUCAUAGAAUAAGCCACAUCAGAGACUUCAUAAUCGAUUACCAGAGACAUCAAGGAAGAAGACCCUUCACACUGACUACAUCACUUCCUUUUCGGGAGUUGUUGAAUGAAUCUCUCACACUAGAGGAAGCUAACUUAAAAAAUGCUGUUGUUGUGCAAAGGCUUAAAAAUAAUAUUGAGCCUUUCCGGAGUUUCUCUUCCUAGCAUUCUCCACCUAAAUGAUAGAACAGUUGCAGGAGAGGCCUUGAAAAAGUGGAAGCAAUAUCCAUGGAAUAGGUCCCCAGUUGGGAUUGUUUCAGUGUUCAACACCUGACCAUUAGUUCAGUGACUUUAGCUGAGUCACCUCCUCUCAUGAAUAGCAAUAACUCCUGUGAUUUAUGUGACAUCUAGAGUGCUGCUUUGAAAGGGCAGACAGUGUAUGCUGAACUGAAGCUAUCCCAAAGUCUUUUUUGUUUGUUUUAAAUAGCCUGGCAGAGGGUAAUAGAGCCAGCCCUAUCGAACUGGUUAUUCUGUCACCAGUGCUAAUCCAAUAAAGGGGCACUGUCGGAAAACCUUGAACAUUUGUUUACAUUUCAGGUUGCAAACGGGGAAAAAUGAACUUUUGAAAGCACAACUUGACUUCAUUCUUGCUUGUUAUAGUCUGAUAUAUUUUAUUCUAUUAGUGCUACAAUAUGAAAUUUAUGGAAAUUAAUAUAUAAAAUUCAUUUAUAUAGAAAAAUACCACAGAUAAUAGUCUGUUUCUUUUGAAAACUUGUCUCCCAAUUUGUUUUAGAUUAUCUAUGGACAGGGGAACACAUGACAAAAGCAACAGCAUGUCACAAGCUCUGCCCCUUUCAUAUGUACACACACACACACACAGAUCAGAGCUUAUGAUGCAGUGCUCCUUUAUUUUGACAAAAUGUUGGAUCCUAGGGACAUCUGACUGUUUAAAAUUCCACUUUAAUUAUAUGGGAGAUACCUCUGGGCAUACCUCUAAAUUUUAAUUGCAGUUUAUGCCAUUAAAAAGAGAAAUACAUUA